AUGUCGUUGUCAGAACAAAUAUGUGAUAAGAUGUUGUUAAUACCUGAAUACUUAUAUAUACCUAUUGUUGUGUUAUCAUUGUAUGUGCUGAAAUCAAAGGUGCAUUCUCCAGUCACUCUCGGUGUAAACAUUGUAGUAAUUAGGAUGCCGCGGUGUGUUUUUGUACCGUUGUAUUCACAGUGCGGAAGGAUUACCAUACUGGGGGCUUUAUUUAUAAUUCUUUACCAUGCGAAUAACACAGAUGCACGCUUCAUGGUGCACGACACACCAUUGUCCUACGAACAGGCAGUGAAGACGUGUGAAGUGGACUACUAUGGAAGAUUGGCGGGAAAACAUGACAUCAACGAUAACAUCAUAAGUAAUCUUUCCGAAAAUACCCAAUAUUGGCUCAAUGAAUACACAGUACUGUCGGAUUGGAUUAACUAUGUAGGUUGUUUUAAUGCUACCAUUGUGUCAGAAGUGGAUGUUUUGGACAUAGCCAUUAAACCUCACACGGUGGCGUCUUGUUACGACGAAUGCAAUCAGGCAAACCUAUUUGCUCUCCAGGGUGGAAGAUGCUGGUGUUUAAAUGGGACUGUCGUAAAAACAGAUCGCUUGAACACUUCCCUCUGCUCAAGCAGAUGUUCUGGUACAGAUAAAUACGAAAAUUGCGGAGCUGAUGAUUUCUUCAGCGUAUAUUCUAAAUAUGCUAAAGCAAAUGUCACUAAAGUUCAUCACAGAAGAUGCAGUUAUUACAUCUGCAAUGCAACUUUUCCAAAAGGAUUGCUUGCAGCGGAUUUUUGCAAUACGACUCAUUCUGUUGUAUGUGCAUCAGAAAACGAGAACGCAAGUAAAGUCGAACUUGGAACAUACUAUGAUGCUGUCAGGAAAUGUCAAAUAAACGGAACCUUGGUUUACAAUAAUGCCAAAGAUGGAAGAGGUGUUUGUGCCGUACGGGACAACGUUUAUCAGAAGAAAGGUUUCUGGACGUCAAUAUAUCGUUAUGAACAAAUCCUGCAACCUGAUGAUGGAAUUAAGGGCAUGGAGAAUUCGUACAGAUGUCAGAUCUUGUUUGUCCGAAACAAAGUCCCUCAAAUUAGCUUGGUGCCUUGUGAUUUAUUUGCGAAAAGACCUUUCUUCUGCAUGCCAAAUACAGUAGAACCUACGGUGACAGUACCAACCAUGUAUGAAAUGAACAUAAAACAUGAAGAAUCCUCCACAUCUGGAUUGGUAGCUGGGAUCGUUGUAACGUCUUUAAUAUCUGUAUUUAGCCUAUUGGUUGUCCUCUUCGUAGCUCGAAAAAGAUUUAAAAAGAAGUUGAAAAGAAAGCGUACAACAAAAUUUACAUAUAUCAACAACACAGUUUCAAUAGAGGAUGGAGAAAAUAAUGACGAGAUUGAAAGAUGUGAGAGGCAGAUUGGAAACAGAGGUGACAAUCCUGACCAUCAGCGAUACACAGAUACGCUCAAUGUCGGUCAAACUAACAAUGAAACAACCGGAAGUGAAAUGACUGUUGAAUAUGACUUCGUGAACAAUUCUCACAUCGAAGCAAUCGCGUCUGAAGAAAACAUAUACGAUAAUAACUCCCAAACUGGAGAUGACACGUACUAUGAAAUGUCCCCCGAUAAUGAUGUACGUGAAACAUCUGCGUCAAACAACAUUGCUACCCAGAGGUUUUCUGAUAACCCUUUACCAGACUAUUUAGAGGGAAUAUACGACACACCAGUGGCCAGUAUUGUACAUGAAAGCUCCCUCAGAAAAUCUGCAACAAAAUCAGAGGAAGCCAAUGAUCAAAGCGAUAACCAAAAUUUAAAUACAAAUGAAAAUUUGAAUGAAAUCUCCUAUGAGCAAAUGGAAUCACUGGAAAAUGGAGAGGAUAAUUAUAGAGAGAUGUCCGGGAUCUGAAACCGUAGAAAUGUUUGUUGCAAAAUCGUCAUUAUUGAAUGAUAUAACCAAAUGCCUGCUGGUACAUUUGAUUUGUAAGAACAGGGUUGUACCGAACCAGUUACUUAAAAUGUGAAAAAGACAAAUCGUAUGUACAAUGUAUCAAUAAUGAGCGUAUUUAUACAUAUGUAUGUGUGGACCGAUUUUUGCACAGCAUAUUGUUUCUUUCUGUAACCAGUCAGCAGGGGAUGCUUAUUCAUCCUAGGCACCCUAUCCCACCAUUGGUGUUUCCUGGAGUCCGUGUUUGUCUUGUUUUUUUAUUUAAUUUGUAAUUUAGAGGAUAUAUUAAAUUGAGAUUGUCCAGGGGUAUGUGUUUGCCCCCUCCUAAUUUUGCAUUCCUUAUAGGAUUUUUGAGAUAGAUCACUGUUUGUUAUCUUCACUUGUUCAUUGAUCACUGUUCGUUAUUGUCAUCCUUUUCAUAGAUUUACAGAGUUUAUGAUAAAUGUCAUACUCGUUGCUUAAUACAUACUUGUAUUAAAACGAAAUAAGGAAGUAAAUAACUUCACAAUUAUUAUUUAUUAAAACCAUUUCCUUUUUUACGGUUCAGCCUCAUUCCUGUUUCCCUUUUCGUCUUAAAUUCUCUUUUUGUCGUUUGUUUUCUUCCUGUCUUCUACUCCAUUCUUUUCCUUAUUAGAUUUCUUUCCUGUCUUUUUUUCUUCCGUAGUUUUUCCGUUUUCCAUUACUUGGUCUGACGACUUAGUAUCCAAUGCACUCAAUAAAUGAUUAAUGGAAAUUA